UGCUAAUAGCUAAAGAUUCACCAGUCCAUCUUCCCUCUAUUCAUUCGUUCAUCAGUGUUAUUGAAUCGAUCUUCAUUAUCUUAGAGACAUGGCUGUUGCUGCUUAUGCAUCUUUGGUUUCUCUUACUCACGUCCUCGACAAUCUCCACCAUCGUGCUCACUUUAAUCUCCCUCCUGCCGACACCAAACAAGUCCAAUCUCUCCGGGAAAAUGUUGAUUUCUUGCUGAACUUUGUCGAGCUUCAUUCAGAAAGGAAGAGUCCUGAGCUUGGAGGUUUAUGGAAGCAAAUGGCUGAGGCUGCCGCCGAAUCAGAAGGUGCCAUCAACUUCCACACAGGCAAUCUACUCGAUGCCAUAUAUCAAGGAGAAACAAGUGAUGCUUCAGACUUCUCAGCUUUCAGUGAAGAAAUGCAAACACUGAAGGAAAAGUUUCGCUCCAUCAAAAAAGAGUUUCCGGUGAUUGAAGAAGAAGCGGAGAAUGCUCGAUCUCUGAGGCAACCGAAUCCUUUUGUUGGUGCUGGAGGUUCAUCUCUAUCUUCUUCAUAUCUCAGCAAUGUCGUGGUGGGACUUGAUGAACACAUCAAUAGAAUCAGGGACAAGCUCAUAAGAGGUAGUUCUAAUCUUCAAAUCCUCCCAAUUGUUGGCAUGGGGGGCAUUGGUAAGACUACUUUGGCGAAAAGUGUUUUCGACGAUUCUUUUGUUAUCGACCACUUUGAUUUACGCAUUUGGCUUUCAAUAUCUCAACAAUAUAGUGUUGAAAAUAUCCUUAAGAUUGGUCUCGAAGAAAAGGCAGGACAAAAUGAUACACGGGAGACUUUAGAUGUGUUGGGAACUAGAUUCUACCAAAAGUUAUUCGGUAGAAGGUAUCUGAUUGUUCUGGAUGACAUGUGGACAAUUGGAGCUUGGAAUGAUUUGAAGAGGUUUCUUCCUAACAAUGAAAAUGGAAGUCGUAUUUUGUUUACAUCUAGAAUCUCAGACAUGGCUGCUUCUUUGGGAACGUAUGAUCCUUAUCUAUUAACGUUUUUAGAUGAGAAUAACAGUUGGACAUUAUUUUGUCAGAAUGCUUUUUCACAAAUAGAUUGUCCGUAUGCUCAUUUAGAGAAGUUUGCAAAAGAUAUUGCCAAAAGCUGCAGAGGCCUUACAUUAGAAAUUGUUGUUGUUGGUCGUUUGCUUGCAAAUUCUAAUAUGACAUCAAAAUAUUGGGAGCAUAUUAGAAAAAGUAUUACCUCACUAGCUAAUUUAGGAGAGGACGAGCAUUGCAUGAAAAUACUUUCUUUAAGUUAUAAGGGCCUGCCCAUUCACCUUAAAGCUUGUUUUUUAUAUAUGCGAGUUUUCCCUGAAGAUCAUAAGAUUGAUGUCUCAGAACUAAUCAAAUUUUGGAUUGCCGAGGGAUUCAUCAAGUCAGUAAGUCAUAGAUGUUUGGAAGAUAUUGCAAAGGAGUACGUCAAAGUUCUCAUUGAUAGAAAUCUAAUCUUUAGUAGGGACACACGUCACUGUGGUAUUCAUGAUCUUUUACGCGAUCUUUGUUUGAGAGAGUCCGAGAAUGAAUGUUUUCUCCAAUUUCCUAGAAAGCAAAUUGUGGAUAUAUCUUUGGGAGAAGCUAUACAUUGCAAUCGCUGUCUUAAAAGACUCGAGGAUGGUGAAGGAAUGCAUAUUGUGACACCAUUUUAUAUCUUUGGAUCAUCAUUACAACUUGAUCCUUUCUUAUGCGAUGCUUGUACGAUGGUGAGUUCACUUGUUGAAAGACAGUGUUUUGUGAAGAUUGCAAAUCACAAAUGUUUUGAGAAGGAACUUUUGCUUCCAAUAGAAUCGCGUCAUGUUAAAAUAGAUGGGGUGAAUUUGGUAUCUCCUUCAACAUUACAAUUACUUUGGAAUCUUCAAACUCUAAAGAUUUAUCCAAGAUCUUCACCUAUGGUUUUACCACAAGAGAUUUGGAAGAUGCCGCAACUCAGAGAGAUUGAUUGUUCAUACAAAAUUCUUCUACCUGAUCCUAUAGCCACUGAAGUUGAGGGGAAAGACUUACUCAUCCUAAAUGACCUUCACACCAUAGAUGGGAUAUAUAAUUUCAAGUGUACCAUGGAAGUGAUUGAUCGGAUCCCGAAUUUGAAGAAAUUGAAUGUUCAUUAUGAAGAUGAAUCUAACGCGCCCAAGACACAGUCGAACUAUUCUCUAUGUAACCUUGAGAAACUACAGAAACUUGAGUCUCUAUCGAUACACAAUUGCUCAGAGAACAUGAGCUUCCCUAAUUCACUCAAACAUUUGUCUGUGUGGAACUGUAGAAUGGCGUGGGAAGAUAUGUCAAUUGUUGGUUCUUUGCCUAGUCUCGAAAGUCUUGAGAUUAAUGGUGACUUGCAUGGGUCAGAGUGGCUGCCUAUUCAAGGGGAAUUUCUUCGCCUUAAAGAAUUGGUCAUCGAGGAUAAUGAUUUAGUGUAUUGGGGAGCUGAAGCAGCACACUUUCCGAUUCUUCAGAGCCUUAGACUUGCUGGAUUGAGUUUGUUGGAGGAGAUCCCUUCAGGCAUUGGAGAUAUACUAACAUUGCAAUCAAUACAGCUGGACAGAUGCAGUGAAUCUGUUUUCGAUUCUGCGAAGGAAAUAUGGGAGGAGCAACAUGAGGUGGGAAAUGAGAUUAGAAUCAGUGUUAUCGAUAAUCUUGAGGUCACAUAUGCGAUUGGUACUUUCACUGCAAGAAUGACGGGGGCUGCUUGUCAAUCUUUAGCUUACUUAAAAUUUGUUCGGGAAAGACUCCAGGAGGUUGCUUUUCAUGGCCGCGAUUCUCUAAGCACAAAAAAAAUGGAAGUGGUGGAAGAAGCCAUCCAUUUCCUGAAUGACUUUGUUAAAGUUUUUCACACAAGAAAAAGCCAAGAAAUCGAAGGUUUGCUUACAGAAACGGCAUUGGCUGCCCGUAGAGCGAAGGUUGUGACUCGCAGGCUACGCUCAAAGAAUUUGAUGCCUUUAGUUGGUAAGUAUGUCGAUGAAGAUGUGGAAAGACUGUUGGCAACAGUAGACUACAUAAGGAAUAAGUUGUCGGUGGCUAAUGAGGAAGGGAAAGAAGACAGGCAAAUCGAUGUUAAUGAUAAUGAUAUUGCAACAUCCUAUGAUAUCGACUCGCUGAAAAUCUUCCGGGACGUGCCUCUGAUUGAUGAAGACUUGAGAGAAUAUCAAAUCGGCUCUGUCAUGGCGACAAUGACAACGGCCGCCAGUUUAACUUGGUCUGAUUUAGCAUGCAUCCUGGAGGUCCUCCUGAAGACUUCUGAACUCGGCCGUCAUCAUUUAAAGAAGAUGGAAAUGGAAAAUGUGGAGAAAUCUAUCUGUGUCUUGCGAAUUAUUGUCGAAGUUCAUCCUCAAAUUCUACUCCAAACCAGUGAAAUCAUUUAUGACAGCUACAUAAUUUAUCUUCUCCCAGCUGCAGAGCAUCUGAAUUCCAAGCAUCUUUCGCAACAAUCUCUGGAUGAUGCAAGUGAUGAAAGCCUCUUAUGCUUCUCUGAGGAUGUCAAGUAUUUGGUAAACAUAUUAUUGGAAAUGGAAAGCUGGUUCGAUGAAGACGACUCACAAGAAGAACCAACGGACGAAGGCAUAUAGUCUGCCGAAGCAUAUCUCCUGUCGAUGUAUAAAAAGGUAAUAUCGUUUCUUUGUUGGCAGAUUUUGUCAGUAGACAGCAUUUGAAUUAAGAGCAAAUGUCGUACAAUACAAUGCAUUGUGUUAGAGUAGUUUUUAUGCUAAAUUUUGCGGAUUUUGUCGCAUAAAUAGAACAAUACCGGUUUGGCCUGUUGUGUUCAGAUCAAAUGUGUCAUACAAUACAAUGUAUUGGGUAACAGAGAAUUGUACAAAAAUAUAUUGAUGUUUUAUCAGCUUUACUAUUUGCUUUUA